AAACAGUAGAACACACGUUUAUAUAGUAAUAGUAUCACUGUUACAUACUUACAACUGAAAACAAUGUCCAAGUUUUUGCAUAUUCGUGUCGUCUCUGAUAUCAUGUGACCAUGGUGUUGGGUUGGGAAAAGGAACUUGGAAACUGCCAUGAAAGCCAGUGAAAACGAAUAUAAGUUUAAGGUUACAUGGGAGCCCUUUCUUUUACGACCUAACAUGCCCUUAGAAGGCAUUGCUAAGCAAGGAGAUUUUGGACCUCAUACACCAGGAGCACAAAGACUGAUAAAUGUUGGGAGAAAAGUUGGCGUUGAAUUUGCUUUCAAACAACCACGAUACCCUUAUACAUUGUUUGGACAUUGUGCUUUGGAGUUUGCUAUCAAGAAAGAUCCAUCUGGUUCAAUACAAACUCAGCUUCAAGAAUCUCUGUUCAAAAGUUAUUUUACUGAUGGGGAAUACCCUGAUGUGGAAACAGUAUCCACUGUAGCUGCAACAUGCGGCUUGAACAGGGAGGAAGUGAAAAGUUUUAUAAGUGAUGAAAGCAACUUGGCUGCUGUUAAAAGAAAAGCCGCUCAGUGGUCAGCUAAUGGGGUCUCUGGUGUUCCUUAUUUUAUCAUCAAUGACUGCCCUGUGUUCUCUGGUGCACAAGAACCUGCAGCUUUCCAAAAUAUCUUUGCAAAAGUGGCAGAAAAAUACCCCAUGCCUUCACAAUAACAUAUCCCUUCGACACUACAGUUUCAAGCCUAAAACCCUCAGUUUUAAGAUGUAUUUACUUUUUAUGCACUUUAUAUAGUAGGGUGGGGGAAAAUGGGAUAUUUUUAGCACAUAAUAUCCAAAUAUCCUGAUCUUGUUUUAAACAAUUUACUACGAUUUCUGGGAGUCACGAGGAUGCGGUUCUAUAAUUAUUAAAAAUUUUGUUUACUACCAAAUAGGGAAAAGGUGUCCCAUUUUCCCCACCCAACUAUAUUACAAAUCACCUAUGUAAGUUAUAAUAUUAAUUAUUGAUCAAUUGAUAAAGCAUGCAACUAAAUGAAGGUGGCAGAACGAAGCAUUUCAUGCAUUCUGCUGUUGGAUAAACUUGUUGUACGCUUUGUCAAUUAUUGGUAUAUAAAAAUCAAAUAAAAUGUUUUUAAUCGUAAAUUGUGGUCGUUUGGAUUAUUGUCGGGUUAUAACAUUUUCAAUGCAUUUACUCUGCCUCA